AACACAUGAUGCCACAGAAGCGAUAUUACCGUCAACGUGCACAUUCCAAUCCAAUGGCCGAUCACAGUUUUGACUACCCAGUGUCCCCAGAUGCAAUGGAUUGGUCUGAGUAUUAUCCAAAAUAUUUUACACAAAGUAAAACCAGUCAGGAAGACCAAGCUACAGAAGUGAAAUUACAUGAAGUAAAAUUUGCUGAUAUUGGGUGUGGAUACGGUGGUUUGUUAGUUGAAUUAUCUCCACUUUUCCCUGAUACCUUGAUGCUUGGAAUGGAAAUACGAGUGAAAGUAUCAGACUAUGUACAAGAUAGGAUUAAAGCUCUAAGAGAAAAGCGUUGUGGUGAAUAUAACAACAUUGCUUGUAUUCGUACUAAUGCUAUGAAGUAUCUACCAAACUUCUUUAAAAAAGGGCAGUUAACAAAGAUGUUUUUCUUGUUUCCUGAUCCCCAUUUUAAGAAAACAAAACACAAAUGGAGAAUAGUUAGCAGUACACUAUUAGCUGAGUAUGCAUAUGUCCUGUCAAUUGGGGGUAUGGUGUACACGAUAACAGAUGUACAGGAAGUCCAUGAUUGGAUGAAAACACACUUCUCUGAUCAUCCUCUUUUCACAUACAUACCUGCUGAAAAACUAAAAGAUGAUAUUGUCAUCGACAAGUUGUUCGAGAGUACAGAGGAAGGCAAAAAGGUAUCAAGAAAUAAUGGAGAGAAAUUCAUGGCAGUAUUUCAGAGAACACAAGACCCUUUAUAUACUGAUGGAUGA